AUGAUGGAUGAAAGCUCGGUACCGAUGGAUCGGGUUCCUUAUGAGUUGGAGGUCGUAACUGGGGACAAGCCUGGAGCUGGUACAGUGCAUAACGUUUGGAUCAUUUUGGAAGGCGAGAACGGAGUUUCCUCCAGACCGUUUGUGAUGGUCAAUUCUCCCACCAACGCUGUGUUUAAACGAGGCAAAACGGACACCUUCAAGAUGCCAAGCAAUCCUGUCGGAGGACUCCGUCUCAUCUACAUCGGUGCUCUGGAGCGCCAAAAUGUCAGUCGUGCUGAGCUGGAGUCGGAGCAGUCUAUGGAGAGAAUUGAGGCUGGGGGAACUCUGGGCUCCCCAUCUGCCAAAUCGCUGGCGACGCCAACGGAUCUGGAGAAAGGCGGCCCAACCACCACAGCCUCAGCCCGCGCCCGAUUCUGGUACUGCCACCAAGUCGUCGUGGUUGAGCCGAUGACGAGACGACGAUAUCGCUUCUUCGUGGACAAGUGGUUGCCGGUACUUGCGGAUCUGGACAAGCGAGCCGGUGCACAAGUUGCAUCGAGUGAAGUGAAAGAAGACUCGGCCAAAGAGAUGGUGGCCAAGCUGCGCAGUGAGUACUUUCUAGCGCGUCAUUAA